AUGACCGAGGGCACGUGUCUGCGUCGUCGAGGGGGACCCUAUAAGACAGAGCCCGCCACUGACCUCAGCCGCUGGCGACUCAGCAAUGAGAGGGGAAGGCAGGUGUGGACCUACUUGCAAGAAGAGGACCACCCCGGCCGCGGGCAGACAGCGCUGGAAGCUCACUCCCUGGGACUGGACACGGGGAGUUACUUUAAAGACUUGUCCAAAGCCCACACAGCCCAUGAGGGGGCUCUGAAUGGGAUGACAUUUUACAUGGGGCUGCAGGCCGAGGACGGGCACUGGGCGGGUGAUUAUGGCGGCCCACUCUUCCUCCUGCCAGGCCUCCUGAUCACAUGCCACGUGGCGCGCAUCCCUCUGCCAGCUGGAUACAAAGGAGAGAUGGUGCGGUACCUGCGGUCGGUGCAGCUCCCGGACGGCGGCUGGGGCCUGCACAUUGAGGACAAGUCCACGGUGUUUGGGACGGCACUCAAUUAUGUGUCCCUGAGAAUCCUGGGUGUUGGGCCUGACGAUCCUGACCUGGUACGAGCACGGAACCUUCUUCACAAGAAAGGUGGAGCUGUGGCCAUCCCCUCCUGGGGGAAAUUCUGGCUGGCCGUCCUGAACGUUUACAGCUGGGAAGGCCUCAACACCCUGUUCCCGGAGAUGUGGCUGUUUCCUGACUGGAUGCCUGCACACCCCUCCACACUCUGGUGCCACUGCCGUCAGGUCUACCUGCCCAUGAGCUACUGCUAUGCCACCCGGCUGAAUGCUGAGGAGGACCCGCUGGUCCAGAGCCUGCGCCAGGAGCUCUAUGUGGAGGACUAUGCCAGCAUCGACUGGCCGGCGCAGAGGAACAACGUGGCCCCUGACGAUCUCUACACGCCGCACAGCUGGCUGCUCCGUGUAAUGUAUGUAAUCCUCAACCUGUACGAACGCCACCACAGCACCAGCCUGCGGCAGCGGGCCAUCCGGAAGCUGUAUGAGCACAUUGUGGCCGAUGACCGCUUCACCAAGUGCAUCAGCAUUGGCCCGAUCUCAAAAACCAUCAACAUGCUUGUGCGCUGGCGCGUGGACGGGCCGGCCUCCUGCGCUUUCCAGGAGCACGUCUCCAGGAUCCCCGACUACCUCUGGCUGGGCCUCGAUGGCAUGAAGAUGCAGGGCACCAAUGGCUCGCAGGUCUGGGACACCUCGUUCGCCAUCCAGGCGUUGCUGGAGGCGGGCGCACACCACAGGCCCGAGUUUUCGUCCUGCCUGCAGAAGGCGCACGAGUUCCUGCGGAUCUCACAGGUCCCAGAGAACCCGCCCGAUUACCAGAAGUACUACCGCCAGAUGAGCAAGGGCGGCUUCCCCUUCAGUACUCUGGAUUGUGGCUGGAUCGUCGCCGACUGCACAGCUGAGGCCUUGAAGUCUAUCCUCCUCAUGCAGGAAAAGUGUCCUUUUGUCACCACGCACGUCCCGCGAGAGCGGCUCUUCGAUGCUGUUGCUGUGUUGCUGAGCAUGAGAAACCCUGAUGGGGGGUUUGCCACCUACGAGACCAAGCGUGGAGGGUACCUGCUGGAGCUGCUUAACCCCUCGGAGGUCUUCGGGGACAUCAUGAUCGACUACUUGUAUGUGGAAUGCACCUCGGCCGUGAUGCAGGCGCUGAAGCAUUUCCACAGCCAGUUUCCGGAGCACAGGCCGGGGGAAGUCAGGGAGACCCUCGAGCAGGGCCUGGAGUUCUGUCGUCGGCAGCAGAGGGCUGACGGCUCCUGGGAAGGCUCCUGGGGGGUUUGCUUUACCUACGGCACCUGGUUCGGGCUGGAAGCUUUUGCCUGCAUGGGGCAGAUUUACCGCGAUGGGACUGCCUGUGCAGAGGUCACCCAGGCCUGCGACUUCCUGCUGUCCCAGCAGAUGGCGGACGGAGGCUGGGGCGAGGACUUCGAGUCCUGUGAGCAGCGACGUUACGUGCAGAGUGCCCAUUCCCAGAUCCAUAAUACGUGCUGGGCCCUGAUGGGGCUGAUGGCCGUCAGGCAUCCUGAUGUAGAGGCCCUAGAGAGAGGAGUCAGAUGUCUGCUUACAAAACAGCUCCCCAAUGGUGAUUGGCCCCAGGAAAACAUCUCUGGAGUCUUCAACAAGUCCUGCGCCAUCAGCUACACAAGCUACAGAAACGUCUUCCCCAUCUGGGCCCUCGGCCGCUUCUCCCGCCUGUACCCCGAAAAUGCCCUCGCUGGCCACCCUUGAGAGGGGGCCUAUGGGUGCCUGGCCGGUGGGUGGCAGGCACCGGCGUCCUAUGGGGAUGCUGAGUAAGAUUGGAGUAUCUUGCCGGGACAUGGGUGCCCUGUAGCCCUGUCCCUCACUCCCUCACUCCCCACUUCUGGGGUGAGUCCAGGGACCAAGCCUGCCUAGGGGCAUGGCUGCAGGGCUGGGACGGCUUUCUUGACCAAUAAUAGUUCUCAGCAGUUGUGCCUUACCUGCCUCCUGCCCGGAGCUGGGCUCACCCCCCGGUGGCUCUUCCUAUGUCUCUUGUCUGUUGGACUGGGAGGUGAGAGUGGGGGCAAAGGGGCUGGGCCUGCCUCUUUACCAUGCCACCCAGGGCUCGGUGAGGACAGGGACCAGACAUGCCAACACUGCCCCAGAUCUCCUCCAUGCUAUAUCGAGGUGCAGCCAGUUCGUGGGACCCAGUAUCCCCAUCUUGAGAGUCGAUAGUCCUCUCAUAAUGACAGAAAUGCACAGGGAGGCCAAGCAUAACAAAGAGUAGGGGUCGUUCAUGGCUUGUGGUUACCACUGAGGGGCAUCACUGUGUGCCAGGGAUAGCUGAGCACCCAGCCUGUCAGUCUUUGCCCACGGAAGUUGGCCAGGCAGGUGUGAUGCCCAAGGCACUCGAGUGGCUGCCGUGACCCUCCCACCCUAGUUUUCUCUGAGCUGAAGUGGGAUCCAGAUUUCCAGGUGAUGCUUCUUGGGUGGUAAACCUCUCAGUCCCUCUCUGGCUGGUCUAAACCUUUCUGGUCCAGUGUGCAUGGACUUGGGGCUCAGAAUGAAAAAUCAGGGACCUGGGUUUGCCUUUGACUUAGCGGAUGAGCGGCUCACAUACUCACGGCCUCCCCACGGGUGUAGCUGUGAGGAGUCACUGAGAGCUUUGAUAAGAGUAAAACUCAGGCCUGGUGAACGCCCAGAGGCCCCACCCCAACACCACCUCCACCUGCAGUUUCUCUGUGCUGCCUCCUGGACCGAUGGCAGCCCCACCCUGCACUCCCCUGGCCACCUCCCCUCCCAGACAGCAGACAGCUGUCUGAAAGCCCCGCUGCCCUUGCCGUUACCUGCCCAGAACCAGCCAGGGCCCGAGGCUUUGCACAUGUGGCCUUCCUCCUGCUGUUCUCGGCCCUGGGCCCUGUCCCGGGCUGUCCGGGCUCACCAGCUUCUCAGUUUCAGGGAGCAAGAGUAACUGCCUGAAGAUAAGCAGGUGCGUCUCCAGUUCUUUCAGGGGAAAAUAUUUGCCUCAACCUGAUUAAAAAUCCAGUUCUCUAUCCUGGGUAAAUCAUUGAAGAGCCUUGAAUUCAAAUUAUCUUAUUUUCAGUGAUCAGAUUUUGAAUAUUAUGCUGGGAAAUUUUCUCUGGAGUCAUACUAGCUUUUCUGCAUUCAGCAUGAUGUAAACUUUAUACCCUUUCCUUUGAGGAAAUGUUUAACUCGCAGUGGAAACUUACCUCUAAAAGACUACUUUUCCUUAAUAACAUAAUCAUUGUUGCUACAUCAGAUGAAUUGAGGCAAUAAAAAUGUUUAAGAGCCCUA